AUGAAUGGGGAUCUUAGUCUAUCCCAGUCCUUGGGAGGACUUCGGAUAGCAAAUCCAGACGAUUCGCCGCUUCCAUCAGAGGACGCGACCGCUGGUUCGAUGGAAUCUGGUCCAUCCGGCCAACCGGACGGUUCGGUAUCAACACAUCCACAGAUUCCCGCGCCGAUUGAGGAAGCUCCUACGGCAUUUCCUCCUGCACCUGUCGAUGCACCUGUACCCGACAAUCGCUCGUCCGUCAUCUAUUCAUUUCCUGAUCUCCCACAGCCAUCGGGUCCCUAUCAGCCCUACUCGACUCAUCCACACUCUACUCCGCCGAAUCCAUCCCGCCCCCUUUCCUCUGUCUACGUCAACGGAUCUUCCUCCGUUUUGCCCCGAGAUAACUCAUAUCGCAUGCGAACAGACUCUGGGGCUUCAUCCACAUCAACGUCGCACUCACGAAAGGACGCUCGGGGUGUUGCCGCAGCCCUACAAGCAGGUGUACCUGUCCGGGAUAACUCUCAUAGCGACCGUUCCUAUCGAACAACUCACAUUCCGGCCAAUGGACCGGCUGUAAUGCGUCAGUCGUCCAGAGCACACGCCCGAGGAACCGGCCAACCACCAAUGUCUCGAGGUCCCUACGGUAUGGAGAACGGCCCACCACAUAAUAGCGAGGAUUGGCAGGAGCGCGGUGCUGCGGUCUCAGUAAGACAGGAAGUGGACGCCAACGGGAAGACUGUCUCGCGAUACGUCAAGAAAGGUGUCCGGGAUUUCUCGUUUGGAAACACUUUAGGAGAAGGAUCAUACAGUACAGUGGCAUUUGCGACAGAUCGACAGACAUUGAAAGAGUAUGCGAUCAAGAUACUGGACAAGCGACACAUCAUCAAGGAGAAGAAGGUGAAAUACGUCAAUAUUGAGAAGGACACAUUGAACCGUCUGACCGACCAUCCGGGUAUCGUGCGACUCUACUAUACUUUCCAGGAUGAGCGCUCUUUAUAUUUUGUUCUGGAUCUGUGCAAGGGUGGUGAGCUUCUAGGUGUUCUCAAGCGGAUGACCACCUUCGAUGAAGAGUGCACCAAGUUCUACGGUGCGCAGAUCUUGGACACAAUAGAUUAUAUGCACAAGCGCGGUGUGAUCCAUCGAGAUCUGAAACCCGAGAACGUCUUACUUGACCAUCAGAUGCACGUCAAGAUUACCGAUUUCGGUACAGCAAAGAUACUCAAAUCCUCACCACGGCCAACCGAUAGCACCAGCUCAAUCCCGCCCCUUGAUUCCCCAGACUUCCCAGAGGAAGAGCGAGCUAGCUCUUUUGUUGGCACAGCAGAGUAUGUCAGCCCUGAAUUGCUGACGGAAAAGAAUGCCUGCAAGGCAAGUGACCUGUGGGCAUUCGGCUGCAUCAUUUACCAGUUAUUGGUCGGCCGCCCACCUUUCAAAGCCGCAAAUGAAUACCUAACAUUCCAAAAAAUUGUGGCCUUGGACUAUGAAUUUCCCAUCGGAUUCCCUUCUGUUGCUCGUGACCUGGUCGAGCGUCUUCUUGUACUUGAGCCCGCCCGACGGUUGCAAAUCGAGCACAUCAAAAACCACGAAUUCUUUGCCGGCAUUACCUGGGGACCUGAGCUGUGGAAGCAGAAGGCUCCUCGUCUUAAGGCUUAUCAGCCACCUCCUCGUGAGCCCAUCAAACUCAAUGGCGACAGCAGCGAAAGCUUUCCUCCCACGAUCUCGACGGCUCCUUCUAAUGCGCCCAAUUCCAGCUCCCGCGCUCUUCCUAGGGUAGUCACAGAGCUGCCUCCGCCAAGCCAGCUGGAUAUCGAAUGGUCGCCAGUGCUGAGUAGAUCCAAUGAGCGCAUUCUGAAAUUGGGGAAUAUGGUUGUGCUUUCAUCUCCUGCAUCACACAGCCCAACUUCUAGAAAUGGCGGCAGUGAACCGGAAGCCCCAAAGAAGUUCUCACGUUUCUUCUCGAGCACAGCAACUAAGAAACGCCAACGGCUGGUUAUGGUCACAUCCUCUGCAAGAAUUAUUCUAGCAGCUCCAGGUGGCGAUGAAAAGAAGGCGAAACUCGAAAUCCCUCUUCUUACAUCUGGCACGCAUUGGAGGAGCACAACCGAUUCCAAGGGUCACUCAUCAUGGAUCGUGGAUACAAGGGAUAAGCAUUUCGUUUUUGAGGACCCUAAGCCAUCAUCGAGCAACAUCGGGGCUACGGCGUUAUCAGCACAGGAAUGGUUAGAUGCACUUGAUCGGGCGCGUGAGAUGGCUUUGACGCAACAAAGCUCCGGGCCUUACUCCGCCGAAGAUGCUUUCCGAGAAAUUUCCUCCGGGUUCUCCAGCCAUGCCAACACUCUUGACCGCGCUUCAGACCUCCAGAAUGAGAACAACGUGCCCCAACCACCGGUACGCAACACUUUGGUCAAACAACAAGCCGAUACGGAAUCCGUGAAGGGAAAGAAAAGGUUCAGUCGGCGUCACUCUAAGAAUGGUCUCGCUGCCGUGUUCUAA